CUCAAGUACCAUAGUUUUGAUUUGAUGUUCGGAAUAUGCCAAAGUUACUGUUCUGGAGCAGUGUGAAAGGCUUUCUCCUUUCUCUCUCAUGCCCGACCUGCCCGCCUGCUCUGUUUCAAACCGCCCGACCUGCCCCAUUAGCGAAAAACUUUCCCUCUUUCUUAAGCAGCCUCUCUUUCUACGCCUUCUGUCCCCCCUGGCUCUCUCUCUGUCACUCUCUUGACCUUUUUGACCAACUGGGUGUGCUUCAAUUUCAGUUAUUGAACAAAGGACUGUUCGAUCCUUGUUCACAAGUCGCAUUUUUGUGAACCUUCAGAGUUUUUCAAGUGUUUUUGGUGGGUUUUGGUUUGAAGACAGGUGAGUUGGAAUGGGUUCUCUGUGUUAUGCGAAAAUUUCUGGUCUUUGAGCCAUGAGAAUCUGAAUCUAAAAGAGCUUGAGAAGAAGAUGGGUUUGGUCCUUAAUGAUAGCAAGGUGAAGACUUGGGAUGGGAGCAAAUCAAAGGGAAAGAAGAAGAAAGAUGAGGCAGUGGAAGAAACUGGAUGUUGGGUUAAGUUCAGUUUUGGGACCUGCAUGCCUUCAAGAUCCAAAGUUGAUAGCGCCAUGACUGGAACUACUAUUUCUUUUGCGGAAACUAAAUCUUCGAAUGAGAAAAGUAGAGAUCGUGAACUUACUCGUGGAGGAUCCUCUACGACUACUAGUAAUGGUGGAAGUACUUCAUCCACACCCUAUUUCAGUGAGGAACUGAAGGUUGCUUCUCAGCUCCGAAAAUUCACAUUUAAUGAACUUAAGCAAGCCACUAGAAACUUCAGACCUGAGAGUCUUCUUGGUGAGGGUGGAUUUGGUUGUGUGUUCAAAGGUUGGGUCGAGGAAAAUGGAACUGCUCCUGUGAAACCCGGUACUGGGCUUACGGUUGCAGUUAAGACUCUCAACCAUGAUGGACUUCAGGGUCACAAAGAAUGGCUUGCUGAAAUUUAUUUUCUUGGUGAUCUCAUCCAUCCUAAUUUGGUAAAGUUAAUUGGUUACUCCAUCGAAGAUGACCAGAGGUUGUUGGUUUAUGAGUUUCUGCCAAGGGGAAGUUUGGAAAACCACCUCUUCAGAAGAUCCUUGCCUCUUCCAUGGUCUAUUAGAAUGAAAAUUGCACUUGGUGCUGCAAAGGGUCUGGCCUUUCUUCAUGAAGAAGUUCAAAGACCAGUCAUAUACCGUGACUUUAAAACAUCUAAUAUUCUAUUAGAUGCGGAUUACAAUACCAAGCUUUCGGAUUUUGGACUUGCCAAAGAUGGUCCUGAGGGUGAUAAAACUCAUGUGUCCACACGAGUUAUGGGAACCUAUGGUUAUGCAGCCCCAGAGUAUGUGAUGACUGGACAUCUGACAUCAAAGAGUGAUGUCUAUAGUUUUGGAGUUGUCCUACUCGAAAUGCUAAAUGGUAGAAGAUCCAUGGAUAAAAAUAGACCCAACGGGGAGCACAAUCUUGUGGAAUGGGCGAGACAACUUUUUGGAGACAAGAGGAGGUUAUUCCAGUUAAUUGACCCCCGGCUUGAAGGUCAUUUUUCGAUCAAAGGUUCGCAAAAAGCUAUCCAGCUGGCCGCCCACUGCCUCAGCCGUGACCCAAAAGCUAGACCAAUGAUGAGUGAAGUUGUUGAAGCCCUAAAGCCUCUACCAAACCUCAAGGAUAUGGCCAGUUCUUCCUAUCACUUCCAAACCAUGCAAGCAGCUCGUUCCAGGUCCACCUCAAAUGCUAAGAAUGGCAUUAGAACGCAGGCAGUAUUUGUACCAAGGAACGGACACCCCGUAAGGAGCUUGUCAAGUCCAAAUGGUCCUCCUGCUUCUCCAUAUUAUCCUCACAAAUCACCUAAACCUAACUCCAAAGAAUGAUGACGUCGAUUUAUCUGUAUGCUUAUUAUCUUAGAUGUAACUCUCAUAUUGUACCAUCUUCAGAUUGUUCUUUCAAUUAUAGCACGAAAGAAUCAUUUCAUUCUCCUUGAAGAGUUUUAUUGCUGUCUCUGCCCUCAU